GAUUCUAUUCUACUUUGCGUGAUACUGAAGUCGGCUUAUUUGUUUAACGUUUUUAUCACAGCAACCAAAAUUAGGAUGGAAGAGCGUUGCUCUGUCAAUAGCCCACGACGGAUUCUGAGCUUCUCCAAGACCCGGGCGGCCAACGUCUCCUUCUCCGACGCCGAUAACCGGUCCCAGACCGAAUUAGGCGUCUCCGGCGAGCACGGCCCCAAACUCUCUGAGGUUUAUGGAUUCGUCGGAUCCAUCACCACCGUUGUUUUUACAGUCAUAUUCAUCGUGUGGGCGUAUGUUCCUGACCAUUGGUUGCAUUCUAUUGGGAUCUAUUACUAUCCAAGCAGGUAUUGGGCUUUGGCGGUGCCAACUUACGUGAUGGUGACGAUUGUGCUGGCCAUCACAUUUUAUAUUGGCAUGAACUUUAUGGCAACUCCUCCUCCUACCUCCUUAAAUAUAAUGUUUGAUGAAUUUAGUAGGGAAAUGCUGAGCAAUGCCCCUUUAGUAGAUGAUGACGAGCAGCCAAUUGAGCCUAUAUCUGACAUAGGCAUUAACAGAAUUAACAAAAUCAUGUUUGACAGCUUCAAAUGAAGGUACCACAACACCAUUCAAUCAACCUUAUCUGCUUCCUUGACCAAUUGAUGAUGAGUCAGUGACAGUUGCACCAUAUCUGGGGACAAUAAGCGCUGCCCAAACACCAGUCCUCCAACAGUCCUCGUUCUCUUCUUCACGGCCGAACAGAGGUUGUAGUUGUAGGGCCGAUGUGGCUCCUAUUGCAUGUCAUCCUCACUUGGCUUCAAUUUUGGCAUAUCAGAUUCUUGGAGAAAAUUAAUUUUGGAAAAAUUCCAAAGAUCCAAAAUUUCUUCCAAAAUUUCGUGAAUUUUUAGGUCCAAGAAAAUGAUAUGUACAGAAACAAAAUUAAAAAUCCAAAAUUUGUUUAUGCUUAAAUUAUUGAACAUAAAA